AUGCUGCUCCGGUCGCUCCUCCGAGCAACCGCCGCCGCAUCACCGCUCAAGCAAUCACAGUGGCAUCUCACUGUGUGCCGUAGCAUGGCCGCGAAGGCCUCCAAACCUCCCAACCCCCCUACUAAAGGGAAGAAACCCCAGUCCAAAUUCGAUCACAGGGACAAGAAACAGGAAGAAAUGCAGGCAGUUAAUCCCGAAUCUUCCGCCAAGGAAGAAGCCGAACUCCGCCGGCGCCAGCUGGCGGAGGAUGAGAAGAACCCCGCCCUUGACGUUGGGCCCAACGGCCGCCCUCUAUUCGCAUCCGCUUCCUCUCUCUCUUUGCUCAACAAGGACGACGUCAAUACUUACUUCAAAUUCAGCAUGGACGAGUUAAAAAGGUUUUUGCCGGAGGGCCUGCCAUUGGGAAUGAUGAAGGAAUUUGAGGAAUCAAACAGGAGUGCCUUGUUGGUGAGGCAGAGUUUCAUUGAUCUCCGUGAUAAUUUUUGUCAGGCUGCUAAUCCUUCCAUUGAGGUUAACUCUAAAGCUCCCAAAGUUAAAAAGCAAAUUGUGUUAGAUGGGCCCUUGAGCUGUGGGAAGAGUAUUGCACUAGCAAUGCUUGUUUACUGGGCUCGCAAGGAAGGCUGGCUAGUGCUUUAUGUCCCCAAAGGUCGAGAGUGGACACAUGGUGGGUUAUUCUAUAAGAAUCGUCAGACUGGUUUGUGGGAUACCCCUUUGCAGGCGUCAAACAUUCUGCAAGAAUUUUUGAAGUUCAACAAGCCUUGCUUGCAAGGUUUGAAAUGCAACAUACUGGAUCCUAUUCCAUUAGGAGAGGGUGCUGGUGUUGGGUGGCCCAAGGGUCGCGAUAAAAUGCCAAUUUCUGAAGGGACAACUCUCUAUGAGCUUGUUGAGGCUGGUCUAAACGACAGUCAUGCUGCUGUUGGAGUGGUCGUUCGAUUGAGGAAGGAAUUAGCAGAAGUGACAAGUGUUCCUGUUCUUUUUGCAAUUGAUCAAUAUAACAGCUGGUUUACAUUCACUGAUUUUGAGGAACCAGUAACAGUUCGGUCUUGCCGGCCUGUUCAUGCUAGAGAACUCGCUACUGUAAACACGUUUAGGUCUAUGAUGCACGAUGACAUGAUGGUGGGUGCCUUUUCCCAUUCGACUGCUGUGGGGAAAUUGCGUCAAGAGUUGCCUGAUGUUCCUGCUGAUGCUCGAAACUAUUUUCCUCGGUACAGUUUAGAUGAAGCUAAUACUGUCUGCCACUACUAUCUCAGGCAAAGACUUGUGAGACGAGAUGCAUUCACGGAGGCCAACUGGAAGAAAAUUUUCUACUUGUCCAAUGGAAAUGGAACAGAGAUGAGACGCCUGGUGCCAUUCAUGCGGUGA